AUGGACAACCUGACAUUUACAAACAGCCUUCUGCUGGUGGAGGGACUGAAAGUUACACCUCAGUCAUCAUAUCCUGUUUUUAUUCUGCUUCUGUUAGUUUAUAUCUUUGGAAUGGGAUGUAACAUCACACUUAUAAUUCUCAUUUCAACACAGAAGAAUCUGCAUCACCCUAUGCAUUUUCUGUUUUGUAAUCUAACACUGAAUGAUAUAUUAGGUACCACUGUCAUGUUGCCACGCUUGUUACAGGAUAUUUUAACAGAAGCCUCUGAGCGAUAUAUGACCUAUGUGGAGUGUGUUGUUCAAGCUUAUUUUGUGCAUAUAUUUGCAGCAGCAAGCCACUAUGUGCUGGUAAUAAUGGCCUUUGACCGAUAUAUAGCUAUAUGUAAUCCAUUACGAUAUUCAUCCAUUAUGACAAAUAAAAUGGUGAUUAAAUUAUCAGCAUCAGCCUGGGGAUUGGCAGUGCUUAUAGUGUCUAUUCUGUUAGGCCUCACAAUACGUCUCUCGCGCUGCAGAUAUAAAAUUGAAAAUCCUUUCUGUGACAAUGCCUCACUGUUUAAACUGUCCUGUGAAAAUGUAUCUGUUAAUAAUGUGGUUGGAAUCAUUUGUACUAUUAUGGUUUUUACUUCGUCACUUGGUUCUGUAUUUAUAACAUAUUUUAAGAUUGCUACUGUGUGCAUUACCAGCAAAAACAAAUCGCUCAACAGCAAAGCCAUAAAAACUUGCAGCACUCAUUUAGCUGUUUAUCUAAUUAUGUUUGUAUCUGGAGCCACUUUUAUAUUUCUCCAUCGUGUUCCUGAAUACUCUGAAAGCAGGAAACUAGCUAGUAUAAUGUUUCACAUUGUACCACCAGGAUUAAAUCCUUUAGUGUAUGGCUUACAAACCAAAGAGAUAAGAGAAAAUUUUGUUAAACUUUGGCGUAGAAACAAACUCAUAGCAAUUAAGUAA